CGUGGAAAAUGGCGGACAGGAAGCCAUCAGCAAUGUUAUUAAAGUUUCUUAAAUAAUAUCCCAGGCGUAAGGGAGUUAUUCUUAUUAUAUAGAAUAUGAAAGAUAGAUUAAUAUAUUUGUUCGUGUUCAAGGUGUGUAGGCAAGAGAAUUUAGAGAUGCGUACUUUUUAUUCAUAAGAUGGAGAUUAUAUAUUUUAAGGAGACAGAUUAAACAUUGAAUAUAACCCAAUCAUUGUAAUUACACUGCAGGUUGUAAAGAUGUAGUGAUCUCGACAAAUAUUUUCGGAUAACAUUUAAUGUUAACAAAUGUGCAGGCAUAGACUUAAAUAUGCAAAGAUUACACACUUUAAUAUGUUAAGUCUACACGUUUGUCCUAUAGGGCCAGGGAGUUGUUUGAGUAUGUGGCUAUUGUGCAGUGACCCCCAAAACCUAAACACAUUUGACCGCCACAUCCAUAUUCUAGUCAUGUUUUCAUGCAGAGUCGGCUUUUACUUUGCCUUUUUUUUUUAAUCAUUUUUUUUUAAUCACUGACCAAAGUUCAUUAAAAACAGGAAAAGGGGCAGGAAAAAAACAUGCCACUUAAGUUACUUACAAUAUUUUUCAGGGUAAUAAUAUGUUAAUCGUUUUACGUGCUUUCUCUACGACGUCAUGAAGCUUCUGGGCGCCAUUGUAACUGCUGGUCUAUUCAUUGCUGGUAAGUAAUGUUAUUGUUUAAAAAAAAUAUAUUAAUGUUGGUAAUAUGGCUGGUUACCGGAAAUUUGAUCGGAAGAGAUAAACACUGACUUCACCCCCUGACAGCUCCAUGAGCAGUUACACACGGAACAAUGGUAAAUGCUUCACCGUGCCUCGGUGUAAUACAGUCCAAUAUAAACAAUCAUUCUUCCCACGGGCAAUGAUUGCUUGGAACCAACUGGACCACGGCGCCGUGGACUCGACAUCAAUCGAGAGUUACAAGGCUGCCCUGGCACCACCCGCUAUGAGCGGUUAGGCUAGCCGCAUCGCUUCCAAAACCGUUGCACAUAUGCCUAAACCAGGACUAAGCAUUUCUAUUGUCAAAGAUUCAUGUCGGUCCUUAAAGGACUGUACAUUUAUCAAUUCAAUUUGUAUUUAACGUUCAGGUUUGAAUGUGGCCUACUUAUUCUAAAGUUGCAAGAAACGGGCCUUGAUUGGCCUGUACAAUUUCGAAAUGAUUAGCCACAAAUCGAUAGGGUGAUUGAACUUUUUAAAUGGGAUUACUAAAAUUGUAACAUUUUGCAAAGAAGUAUACCUCACAGAAGCCUAUAUUUUGAUUGUUUGAACCCUUAAUUAUCACCGUAAUACAAAUGGUUAAGAGUAUAGCCACAUGUUUUGUAAGUAUUUUAAAUAAAUGAGUUCAUUCAAUCUAAAUAUUUUAAUAAACUCAUUAGUGUAACAAUGACAACUUAUCAAGGUCUAGAAGACAUGCAAGUCUUAUGAGACUGCUCUUGGGUUUGGCCCUGAGAAUGAUUUAUUUCUUAGAAGUUAGUAUUUUGCAUUUGCCUUUCUUUCUUCUCCAGCCCAGUGUCAGCUCUUUGACAAGUCAGAGUUUGGAGACGGAGGGUCAUUCAAUCUGACAUGUGACGUCGGCCGGAUUGGCAAUGUUCCAACGUCUAUAACAAAAAUUUAUUAUUUGUCCAUUGAGAUGGCUAUAGUUUCAAGUGCAAAAGUUAAAUUCAUUGCUGUAUACCAAUCAGUUCCAAAAGAAAGCCUUGAAAGGGUAAGGGUUUAAAUCAUGAUCUCAUCAUUCAUAAUCUCAUCAUUCAUGAUCUCAUCGCUCAUUACAGACACCUCUUUAAAUCGCAAUCUCAUUUCUCCCGUAAUUUAAGGCAAAUGAUAAGAACUUUAUCGAUGAGUUUUUCACCACUACAGAGUUAAUUUAAGAAGUCUGCUAUUUAUUUUUAUGUUUGCGUUAUGUUUAAUGGUAAACCCGAUCCCGCCUACAUACACAUGUCUCUGUUUAUAAAUAUUCUUGUUUUUUUUCUUUUUCUUAAUUAAUAUGGACUUUAUUAACGUCGGACUGUAAUAUGACGUAUAAUGCUGCAUCAUUAUUCCUAUAGUUCUUAAACGAAGUGUUUGGAGAUUUUUCAGAUUUAUUUUUCAGAACAACCUUAGAGGAUGCACACAAUUACGUUUAUGUCAAUAAUAUGUUUAAAAAAAACAACCUAUAUCAUCAUGUAUUUAUGGUAUUUUUUCUUCUUCAGUAUAUUCCAAAUGGUAGGCCAUGGGUAAUUGAAGGUACUGGUGGUUCAGGCAGCAACAGAGCAUCGAUAAAACUGACACUUUAUGUGCCAGAUGCUCAAUGUUCUGAUGCAGGAUUAUACCGCUGCAAUGCUGGCUUUCGUCCAACAGAUGGCGGUGCAGUAGCGAGCUGCUCUCAGAAUAUUACAUUUAAAGGUGAGUUGUUUUUUUUUUAAUCGCUCUUUUUUUUUUGCAUGACAGAUCUCAUGUUCAGAUUAAGCGAGCUGACAUAAGACGUCUUAUGAAAUCAUUCGUCUCUACCAUUCCUGGUUUGUGGUCUGCUGGGGUCGGGGGGGGGGGGGCAGAAAAAAACGUUUUAAAGGCAUACAAAAAAGCCCCACUGAAAGAGUUCAAUAUAAACCCAGAAAUGGGGGAGGAAAAAGCAAGGGAUCGAACAUCAUGGCGUUCCACUUUACACAGCAGCUCCAUGCAACGUGAAGUUAGCAGUUGUUGCAGAGCUCAAGAAAACCGGCCUGACUCUGCUACGGGAGAUUCCCCAUCAUUCCCCUGCACCUACUGCACAAGAAAAUUUCAUGCCAGACUCGGCCUCAUCAGCCAUCUGCGCACCCACAGACAGAACUAGCAGGAAUAUGAAGAUUAAAGUGGUCAUGGUCGACUUCCGACUGAUUAACAAUAACACGACCUUUGAGGAUCUCGAGAUUUUGAUGCAUUGUAUUAUCGAUUCCCCCUAGCGUCUAUCACCAUUGUUGACGCAGAUUAUUUCUACUAUAUAUUAACAUACUGUUGUAAAGUAAGAUUAAAGUAAUUUAUUUGGUAUGAUAAUCAUGGAAUAGAAACACAACUGAACAACGGCUUUAAACAAAACUUUUGUUUUAAAUCGUGUUUAUGAGAUUUAAAAAAAAAAUUAUUUCAUUUAUACAACUAUUCUAUCAUCUAACUCGCUUAUAUAACUUAUCUUAUUGCAUCAAAUAUUUCAGGAAAAAAUUAAGCUCCAUAUGCACAUACGAUAUUUUUUUUAAGAGUCUCAUUUCGUGCUGUUAUCGGGAUUUUUAUUUCGUGUAAUCGGUGGAGGCAUCUUUCCUUAAUUUUCCGGAUGAAAAAUUGGAGAAAAAAACUGAUUGUUGGGGGUGGGGGUGGGGUGGGGUGGAAUUAGUAUUGGUGGUGGGGCUGAAAAUAUGAUUGUGCCGAGUGUCAGCUCGAUAUGUCCACGAGAAGUUGUUCAGUUAGCCUACCGAAGAUUUCGACCCAUACACAAACAGCCAGAAAUAAACACAGUAACAAAAGAGAGGUUAAUAUAAAGGAUUAAAAAAGGAACAGGAAAAGAAUGAAAAGAUGCAUUCUAAUACUAGUACUUCAGUUUCUUUAAAAAUAAAAAUGCUUCAAUGUUUAUUUGUGUUUAAGUGUUUGUGAAAAAUUUAUCAAUUUCUAAGGGCAGUCGAAAUACUUAUCGUACAUCUGCCAUAUAUGAAACAAUAUUAUUAUUUUUCUUUACGUGAAAUACAUUGUCCUUUAAUUUCAUUUUUAAAAAUUGAUUUAUCAUUUAUUUCACUAUCUAUUUGAAUUUUUUUAGUGAAAUAUCUAAUUAACGUUAUAGACAUCUGUUAAAAUCCAGGUCUCUCUUUGUAGGCUUUUUGUUUGGUGGGUUUUUGUCUGGAGGGCUUAUGUCUGGAGGGCUUUUGUCUGGAGGACUUUUGUCUGGAGGACUUUUGUCUGGAGGGCUUUAUGUCUGGAGGGCUUUAUGUCUGGAGGGCUUUUGUCUGGAGGACUUUUGUCUGGAGGACUUUUGUCUGGAGGGCUUUUGUCUGGAGGGCUUUUGUCUGGAGGGCUUUAUGUCUGGAGGGCUUUAUGUCUGGAGGGCUUUAUGUCUGGAGGACUUUUGUCUGGAGGACUUUUGUCUGGAGGACUUUUGUCUGGAGGGCUUUUGUCUGGAGGGCUUUUGUCUGGAGGGCUUUAUGUCUGGAGGGCUUUAUGUCUGGAGGGCUUUAUGUCUGGAGGACUUUUGUCUGGAGGACUUUUGUCUGGAGGACUUUUGUCUGGAGGGCUUUUGUCUGGAGGGCUUUUGUCUGGAGGGCUUUUGUCUGGAGGGCUUUAUGUCUGGAGGGCUUUAUGUCUGGAGGGCUUUUUGUCUGGAGGACUUUUGUCUGGAGGACUUUUGUCUGGAGGACUUUUGUCUGGAGGGCUUUUGUCUGGAGGGCUUUUGUCUGGAGGGCUUUAUGUCUGGAGGGCUUUAUGUCUGGAGGGCUUUAUGUCUGGAGGACUUUUGUCUGGAGGACUUUUGUCUGGAGGACUUUUGUCUGGAGGGCUUUUGUCUGGAGGGCUUUUGUCUGGAGGGCUUUUUGUCUGGAGGGCUUUAUGUCUGGAGGGCUUUAUGUCUGGAGGACUUUUGUCUGGAGGACUUUUGUCUGGAGGACUUUUGUCUGGAGGACUUUUGUCUGGAGGGCUUUUGUCUGGAGGGCUUUUGUCUGGAGGGCUUUAUGUCUGGAGGGCUUUAUGUCUGGAGGGCUUUAUGUCUGGAGGACUUUUGUCUGGAGGACUUUUGUCUGGAGGACUUUUGUCUGGAGGGCUUUUUUCUGGGGGGCUUUUUGUCUGGGGGGUUUUUUGUCUGGGGGGCAUUUUGUCUGGAGGACUUUUGUCUGGAGGACUUUUGUCUGGAGGACUUUUGUCUGGAGGACUUUUGUCUGAAGGACUUUUUGUCUGGAGGGCUUUUUGUCUGGAGGGCAUUUUGUCUGGAGGGCUUUUUGUCUGGAGGGCUUUUUGUCUGGAGGGCAUUUCUGGAGAUUAAUUAUCCAAUGUUAAGUACUAACAAUACAUUUACACUGAUAUCUUAUUUAAGUCCUAAGUAAUUUUCUCAUUAUGGGAUGUUUUAGUCAUAUUUAAAAAAAAUUAUUCUGAUGAGACUUUUGUGUUCAUGAAGCAGUAGACCAGAUAAAUAUGUAAACAUAAAUAUGCAAAAUUUCCAAAACACUCAUAUAAUGCACGGAGAAUGUAUCCGUGCGCACAUCUUUACAUGGGGUUGAUAUGAAAAUAAUAACAGCAAAUAAAUGUCUCGUCAAAUAGUUUACAACUAAUAUUUCCUCUUUUGUAUUCUAGGCACUUGCAACACAGGCACGCGUUUGGGCGCUGUGGACUCCACACGGUUUGUUAGGAAAUUGUUCCUGAUGCAGACAGUAAUGUUCCUAUGGCCAAGACUUCUCUAGAGUCACCUGGACAAGAAAUGUUACCCAGGUGGCUCCCUCGAAAGAUGUAGAUUGGCAUUUUCAAGAUGUAAAAGGACACCCGAAGAUGUAUCUCAUUGAUUACUUGACCCGCAUGUUAUAUAUAUUACGG